GUCAUGUGUUUCGUCCAGAAGCGGGAACCCGCUGGUCAAAUAUUUAAACUGCUGGCCAAGCUGCUUGUAAUUCAAUGGCCGGGCGAACGCCUUUUUCAACUGACCGUUGAGUGAGUUAAUUGGUAAACUAACACUUAUCCGGACAUCCAACGUGUGUUCUACCCGUGGACCUAGCCUCCUGACAUUUGCUAUGUAAGCCAGGCCGGUCUCCCAGGGGCCAGCCCUCUCCUCCCUUGGGUAUGGGAUGUCUCCGUCCAGCAAGCAAACUGAGAAAGUUGUUCGCACUGCUGCUAUCCAUGUUACUGUUUGUAGGGACAGAAUCGAUGAGUGGAUUGCCUCCCUUCUCUCAUGGAAACCUUCCGACUGAUUUAACGGAACCCUUUGUACGCAGUUACCGGCUGUAUUCUCGAUGUUCCUCCAGGUAUCUCACUAUACGCUUCCGACGCCGAGACGUAAACGCUAGAGGAACAGACCGCAGUAAAUACGCCAAGCUAUUGCUAGAGUCUGUGGAUCACGACGGGUUAAUCAGAAUAAAGAGUGAAACGACAGGGCGUUAUUUGUGCUUUAAUUUCAGAGGAAAGCUCAUUGUACGGCAUCAUGGUGACAGUAUCCAGUGUAAGUUCCGAGAGGAAAUAACCAAAGAGAACUACACCAAGUUUAGGUCUGCCGCCCCAGCGGUUUGGUACGUGGGCUUUCGCAGCAACGGAAAACCUGUUAAAGGAUACAAGGGAAACCGACCUGAAAAGUGUUACCAGUUCUUAAAGAAGGAAGACACAAAACGCUUUCAGCCUGGUCCUGACGGAUUAAAAAUACAAGACUUUGAAGCCAUCUUACGUAGAAGAGGACACCGACUUCGCAGGCGAAACAAAUCUGCCAGGGUGAGGUCACGUGGCUAGGUGAAAUUGUACUCUGACGUCAAGGUGCUGUAUUUUCUGCGUCGUGAGUUCUCCAGUUAUGGUGUGAUCUUCCCUUCUAGUCAAGUGGAAGAGUUCAUCGGACCUGGCUGUGCUUGUUCAAUCACUGGAAGUGUUUCUGUUGCUUACAACGGCAACAACUAUGUGGAUACAUAUUAAAUCGUCCCCAAGAGGGGACGUUUGGUUUCAAACAGUGUGUUCGGCCGCGAGAUCGAAGCAGCUGUUAUGGCCAGACAUAAUUUACAAAGUAGAUAAGUGCGAACACCAGUUUCUGAGAGAUCCACAGAAAACUGCUGACAAUCCUACAAACUGGAUUACGAUAACAAUGGAAACAAAACACUUAGUGUGUGAAUUGAUGUGAGGUGAGAGGUUUAAGGCUGAAGGUCAGUAGUCUCCGGUUAGCCAUGAAUGCCCUGCUAAGUGUUGUACUGCAGACGUUGGCUGUUUUUGGUCUGAAUAUGUAUAGAAGGGAACUUCAUACAAGGAAACGACAGGAGUCUUUGGUGUUCACUUGCAACUGUCGUGCUAGCUAUUAUUUAUGAAACAAAACUUAUUAAUAUGAUAAAAAUAUCACAGUGGACGACUUGAUUCUGUGACAAACUUGACUCCAAUCCAACAACUGCUUGUUGGUGGGAAUUUGCAUCCACAAAUUGUACCGUAUUCGUCUCUGUUAAUAUUAUUGUGCUAUAUACAUGUCAAGUUUUCUUCACGCCGCAGAUGUGGAAAAAGACUUUGUGUUAAGAAACAAUGCCUCCGAGGAAGCCAGUGUAGAACGUAGCUACCGUACCAAUCUACCUGUAACUCAUUUAGUUUUCUACCUCCGUAAUUUGGUUGUUGUCCAUGUAGCCCUGAAGUACAGAGAAAGUGCGCAGGCUCUAGGGAAUUGACUCCAGCGUCAGGGAACGUGGCGAAAUAUAAGGGUAACUCUCGUAAACCAAAUCACUGAUUGGCAAAAUAAUCUGGAACAACUAUUCCCGAAAAGUAGGAACGGGGCUAUGGUCCGCCUCUCUUUAUGCUGAUUUCGCUUUAUUGUGUAGAAUCCUUUAACAAAUAUUAUGACCAACUCAGAGUACAUUUUUUUUCGUAGACCUGGAGUUAAAAAUACUGCCUGGUCAUAUUUCGACGUUUCCAGACUUUCAGAAAAGUGUGCUUUUUGGUUGCACAGUGCUUCUUCUGUGUCUAGAACACUUGUAAUGAAAGUCAUCUUUCAUUUCAUCAUACAAAGCUCACAACCUCUUUAACAACAAAGACCAAGUGAGAAUUGAAUGAAUAAGUGGCGAUAAUUCUUACUAAAACGCACCACUUUUCUGAGUCUGUGAAAGGUGCAGUGUUAGAAUAGCUUAAAUAUCCAAGCAAUAUUGUUUCCUGUCGCUAUGGCAACCAAACGAUGAAAUUAUUCCUCAUUUUUUUUUGUUCUACUUGACCAUAGCCUCGUUCUGAAUAUAUGUAGGACAGUCAUAGACUUGUUCAAGUGUAGAUUAUUGUUAAUGAAUCGAUGUCCAUCAUCGUUUGUAUGAUUUCAGCGUGGCUUAUUUCAAUCGCGGCCAUGUUUGUUUUAACCAGCAUAGUAUUCAGUGUGUAUACGAUUGUUGCCUAAGGUCAGUGUGUUUUAUAUGCUAUUGUUCUGAGAUCACUGAUGGGUUCUAUGUAUGAUGUUUGUAAGUGAGCCGUUAAGACAAUGUGGUUAAUGUGUGAAGGUUUGCGAAGAAAGCAAAGCUGGUUAAUGUGUGAAAGACACCGUUGAAAGUAAGGUCUGUUAAUGCACAAAAGUUACUGUUGAUAAUCAGGGGGAUGUGAUUGUGUGUGUGUUAGCCCAGAAAGCAAUCCUAGAUGAUUGGUGAAGAUCAGAUGGGAAAGUAUGUUGUUGAUGUGUAUUGGUUAGCAAGGAAAGUAAGUGUGGUUGGUAUGUAAAGGUUGGUCUGGAGAGUGAGCUUAGUUAUAUGUGCAGGUUACUUCGUAAAAUUUACAAUGUGGUUUCUGUGUACUGGUUAACCAGGAAGGAAGAGUUGUUCACGAGUGCAGGUCAGCCCGGAAAUCAAAUUGGAUAUGGUUGAUUCAGAUGACUUUGUAAAGGAUGUAAAUGGUUAGUCCAUCAAAAAGUAUGACCGAGGUUUGAUCAGUUUAGAACGGACAAGAUCAACAAAACAGCAUAUUUAAUCGCCGUUGUCGGCUUUGUUAUAUGACAGCAUAAAUCAGCUUUGCCAAACUUAUACUGCCCCAUUUACCGAGAGAUUGUCUCCCAGUUUCAAUGCAUUUCAAUGUUUAUGAAUUAAAGUAGUCUCUAAUGUGUGUGUAUAUAUAAGCGUUUGAGACAUAUUCAUCAUUUCAUAUUAUAUAUUUCGGGGGAGUAAAAUGUCAAUGAAAUAUUUUAUCUGUUUUUACUUGCGUUGAUGUAUUGUUAUGACAUCAGUGUUGACUGGGCCUGGUCGGCUUCUCCUGGGAGGGACGAGUGACCUCACUGUCAGGUGUCCGCCUGAAAACAUUGUAGUGUUGAAAUACAGCUCCAGCUGACAGUGUGCAUGGAACAAUAUUGCGUCAGGAAAUUCCUGUCUGUUAUGUGACACACGACAUGCCUGUAAAUCUGUCAGAUUGCCAAACAUAUACCACACUAGACUACAUAUGCACAAAAGAAGUUGGCACAUAUCACUGUGUGUAAAGCAAACCUUCGUAAAAGAGGGAAUUUAUUGUAAUACGCAAGGAGGCAUCCCUAAAUUUUGUCAUUUUCCAUCCACAACUAUUUGGUAUUUAUCUUUUAACUUUUUGGUGUCAAAUUGUCUACAUUACAUAUGUAUUGAUCCCAAACACUUAUAUAGUCUGAAUCUCUACCAGUCAACCGCAAUCCAUGUAAGUAACAACACGUUAUGAGUUAAAGGACUGGUAUAAUACACCAGUCUCAUUCAAAACUGGUUUUUCAUGCACAUAAAAAGAACAGAACUUUUCCACAUGUCUUCAUGCUUUACCAGAAGGUGCGCGGACAAAGCUGACACGAAUUGUACGAUACUGGGUGUUUUCUUGGGAAUAAUAAUUUUGUAAAUUGCUGAUGUUUUUGCCGAUGGUUAGUUCAGUCUGAAAAUUCACCAGAUCGUAUCUAGAAUUCAAUCAUGUUUUAUUUAACCUCAUCUAGACAAUAAAUUUUGCAUCUUGAAGAUAUUUCAGAGUUUUGUGAAUUUGCAUAUUUUGCCUCAGACUGUUUAAUACCUUGUUCGGCUUAUUUUUGAGCCUGCACCAGCCUGAAUCCCAAGCCGGGUGGAUCCAACCUUCGUCAUCUCUGCGUCUCACACCAUUCCUCCUUCCCGUCAUGUGUUUCUGUAUAAUAUUAUAAGACAGAUACCUGCUCAGCGAUUGGUGGAGUAAGAUAGAGAUGAGUUCUUACUCAGUCGUGCCAGCUGUCAUACUUCCUGGUUUGAUUAUCGUGUACAAUAAUAUUAUGUAUGCCAAAGAUAUAUAUUUAUUAAACGUCUCGUGUGGUGUAUAAUGGACGGGUGGGACUGAUAAUGGACGCGCGGGAGUGGCAAUGGAUGGGUGGGCUUGAUACUUAUGAAUGUGCAUCACUGUAGACUUCAUUUAACAGUACAGCAAACAUUGACAAUA